UGCAGUAUCUAUAUAUAUGUACCUGCAGUAUUCAUGUGUACAUCUGUGUACAUGCACUGUCAAGUGUAUAUCUGAGUGUGUAUUGCCAGGGAAUAUCUGUGUGUUGGGGCAGUAAAGGUUGUACAUCUGAGGGAAAGGUGAUUGUGCACCUAGAGAGCUAUGUCUGCUUGCACUGUUGUGUUCAGACCCUCAGGCCCCCAGGUCAGGUGUUAGCUCUGGUUAGUAUGCAAGUCAGCUGAUCACUGGGAACAGCAGGUAAGUUGCAAGUCCCAAAGGAACACAAUGACACUGCUGUUCUCUCCCUGCAGUGAACCUGGACAGCCCUGGAAGCCAUAGGAGGGAGUCAGUCCCGUGGGAGCUGAGAUAGACAUUCAUGUGACUCUGAGGUCCCAGAGGGGCCACAGGAUCCCAAGCAGCCCCCAAUUUGGGCCUGACCCAAUAAUACACCACACUUGUGUCUCACUGUUCCAGGGUGCUCAGAAGUGGCCUCCCUGGCCAGGACUGGCCAUGAACAACUCUGGCAAUAUCUUAGUGACUGAGUUCAUCCUGCUGGACUUCCCAGAACUGGGCCAUUUGCAAGGGCUGCUGUUUGGAUUGUUCCUCACCAUCUAUACAAUGACUGUCCUGGAAAACUUGGUCAUCGUGGGCACCGUUGGAGCCAGCCAUCAGCUGCACACACCCAUGUACUUCUUCCUAGCCAACCUGUCAGUGCUGGAGACCUUCUACACCACAGUCACAGUUCCCAGGCUGCUGGCCGGCCUCCUGGCAGGGGCAAGGACCAUAUCCUUCUCAGGCUGCCUUACUCAGUUGUUCCUCUUCCUCUCCCUGGGCUCCUCUGAAUGCUUCCUCCUGACCACUAUGGCCUGUGACCGGUACCUUGCCAUCUGCCGUCCACUGCACUACCCAGCCAUCAUGGAUUCAAGGCUCUGCCUGCAUCUGGCCCUCAGUGCUUGGCUCGGUGGCUUUCUGGCCUCCUUUGUGUCCAUAGCUCUCAUCUCCCAGCUGAAGUUCUGUGGCCUCAAUACCCUCAACCACUUUUUCUGUGAUGUAUCACCCCUGCUGCAGCUCUCCUGCUCAGAUACCACUGCCAUUGAAACGCUGGACUUUGUGGCGGCCCUGGCAGUGCUGGCAACCUCCUUGCUGGUGACAGCAGUCUCCUACACACUCAUUCUGGCCACAGUGCUAAGGAUUCCUGGAGGGGCUGGCCGCCGGAAAGCCUUCUCCACCUGCGCCUCUCACCUGGUGGUAGUUGUCAUCUUCUACACCACCACCACCUUCAUGUAUGCACGGCCUCACGCCAUCAGCUCCUUUGACCUCAACAAGCUAGUGUCCGUGGUCUACUCCAUUGUGACUCCCCUGCUCAACCCUAUCAUCUAUUGCCUGAGAAAUAAGGACAUCCGCGAGGCACUGUCCAAGCUUGUCGGAAGAGCUAGAUCCUCUUAAGUUCCAGACUAUAGUCCCUCCAGCUGCUCUGCUCAUGGGAUAUAGGCUGCCAGUUCCUUUCCUGCACAUCCAUGCUCCAAUCUAAUGCAUCUAAGAGCAUCCAAGGGCAAAGAGGGGUGCAAGCCAAGACUGAGAAACCCCAGGUCCUCUUCGAGGAAUGAGGUCAGCCUGAGUGGAGGGCAGCUCCUAGCUCUUGUGGCCUCUUCUAACAGGAAGCUAGCACCAAACUAGGAACAGCUCCCACCUUGACUACCAGAUCUCUUGGCCUGAAAAGUUCAGUCCUCCAAGAAAGUUCCCUCCCCAAUGUCACUCCCCUGGCCACAUGAAGUUUGAAGGUUUCUGUGGAGUCCCUGCCCCCAGCCGGCAUAGAUAGACUGCAUGGAGACCCUAAGGCCCUCAACCAGCUCAAAGGAACUAAGAGUCUCCAAGACAGGUGGGAGGAUUUCAGCAAGGGCUGACUGCAUCAAGCCCAGAGAUUCAAACGUCUCUUACUGAAAGCUGGGGAGCUCUAAUAAAUAAAAACAUGCCUGUGUCUGGGCUUUCUGCUUUUUCUUUCCUUUCUGGAGAUGAGGGAAGAAACUGAGUUAGCAGAGUUAACCAAGUACUUCCCUACCUGGCACAAUGUCAUGGGUGAGCGCAAAGUACUCUCCCUUAGCUUCACAGCAAUUUCACGCUCCAGACCCAUUUCUAUCAUGACAAUCACCCAAAGUGUGUUUUGUGUGUGUCACUGUGCUAUAAAAUCCUCUCUUACUAUCUUGCUUUGUACAUUUUAAGGUUAAAUCAAAGCGCAUACAAAUUUUGAAUUGUUUGGUCUUCUUGGUAAAGUUAACCUUUCAUCACUAGGAAGCAUUGUUUGUUCCCCUGAUACUUAAGGCUCACAUUCUACUCUGUCACUAACACAGAUACAUCAGCUUCUUUUGAGUACCUGCCCUUGGCACUGACCCUUAGCCUCUCUUAGCUCCUGACCACACUUCUGUAGGAAGCUCUGGGCCAGGCAGAGAUGUGGACAGACUAUACUUCUGUCCAGCCAGUUGUACUCUGUAAUGAGAAAUCUGGUGUCAAUUUUAUUCUCAUAGUCCUAUUGAAUCAUGGCCACCCUUGAGAUUGCAUUUAUCCAAACUUAUUCUCCUAGAUUCCUAUCUCCAAAUUCAGCCACAUCCUGAAGUACUUGGGGUUAGGAGUCAAUAUUUGAAUUGGGAGGGGGGAGGCACAAUUCAGCACAUAACAGGUUCCUUUAAAAAUUAUGGUAGCCUUAAACAGAAGAAACCCAGGGACAGUGUCCAGGCCCUCAGUUCAAGCCCCAGGAUCAACAACAACAACAAAGUUAUGGUAGGAAGGAUUGAUCAUUACAAAGCAAUGCUGACACUUUUGGUGGGAACAGAAUUCAGAAAUCUGUAAGAUAUUUUCCCCUAACAUUUGAGUUGGUGAGAUUAAGAAAUUUGAUGUAUGUCUCUGGCCAUAAAAGAAAUGCAAAUUGGGUCUGGAAAUGUGGCUUAGUGGUAGAGUGCUUGCCUAGCAUGCAUGAAGCCUUAGAUUCAAUUC